GGGGCGGGCUUGGGCUUUGGGAACACUUUCUCCCACAGUGGCUGACAGGUGUGGCCCGUCCAGCAAUCCCCACCACCACCACCAACCGGCGAUGGCGACGGCGACGGCCGUGCUGCUCGUCGUGCUCCUCGUGGCCGGCGCCUCCGCGGGCGCGUCAAAGCCCCCGCCGCCGCCGUGUAGUCGGUCGUGCGCGACCCUCAACUGCGACUCGGUGGGGAUCCGGUACGGCAAGUUCUGCGGCGUGGGGUGGAGCGGGUGCGAGGGGGAGGACCCCUGCGACGACCUCGACGCCUGCUGCCGCGACCAUGACAGCUGCGUCGACAAGAAAGGUCUGAUGAGUAUCAAAUGCCACGAGAAGUUCAAGAAUUGCAUGAGGAGAGUGAAGAAGACUGGGAAGGCCGGCUUCUCCAAGAAAUGCCCAUAUGAAUUGGCUAUGGCGACGAUGACUCAGGGGAUGGACAUGGCGAUCAUGCUCAGCCAGUUGGGCAGCCAGAAGUUGGAACUGUAGCACAAGUACUCGCCACAUUGCUCGGUUGAUAGAAAAGGUUGGCUUCCUUUGAUGAUUAUACUGUAAUUUUACUUCUGUUGGUAAAACCGCAUUGUUUUGGGCAGCCGUAGAGAUAACUUUAGGUUGCUGCGCUAUUUGCAGCAUAUAGUGCCAGAUCCCCUGCCUGGGCAUUUAUUUUUUUGUAAACAAAGUUGUCGUUCAAUUGAAUUGAAAUCUCGUCGUUCUCCAGUUCGAGAAUA